AUGAUUGAUGAAUACUAUGAGAAGAAGCAAAAGAAGAAGACAGAGGAAAGAGAGACCAUGACUCAUGAAAUGAACACUAUUGAGGGGAAAAAGAGGAAAAAAUUGGAGUCAAGUAAAGUCACAAGAAAUGUCGAAGAAAUGGUUAGAAUUAGCAGCAGUAGCAGUGAUGAAGAGCAAGAAGGGGAAAAUGCUAAUCGAAAAAUCUUCAAUAGAAAGAGAAAGAGAACUGCUAAAAAGAUUUUCAAUGAUGAGAGUAGUGAAAAUAAUGUUAGGAUUUUGGGUAAAGAGGAAGUGGUAGAAGAAGUGAAAUUGAAGAAAUUUAACAGGAGGAGGAGGAGAAGGAGGAGAGAAACUAUUUAUAAGGGUAAGAAUGAUGAUAGGAAACGGGAAGUAGUGUUAAGAUUUAGCAAGAACACGAAAAGGGUGAAGAAGUGA